AUGCAUGACUUUGGUGUCAGAGUGAUUACAAUAGAACCUGGUAUAUUUGUUACGGAGAUCAAUGGAACACCAAAAUUGUUGAAGUCGAUGAAUAACCUUUGGGAAAAAGCGCCUGAUGAUCUCAGAAAGGAAUAUGGUGAAAAAUGGUUUGCAAAAGAUCAGCUAUCACGUUCAGUUGUUGUAGUGAGAGAUGUCUUGGUACAAAUUACUGAAUUUGGUGCGUUAAACCUGGCUGAGGUUACUGAUGCUUACUUUCAUGCAGUUACAGCCAAAUAUCCGUAUUUGAAUUAUACUGUUGGUGUCGAUGCCCGUUAUGUGUAA